ACCCUUGAGGGAGCAGGUCACAGAGGAGUGCAGAUGCCUCCAGGUGAGCAAGGCAGGUGGAUGGACAUAGGGGCAGGGGCAAUGCUGCAAACACUGGGCAGAAGGGGAACUGAGACCACACAGCUAUGGAGGCCAGAGGCCCAAAAGGGCCUCUCACCAUCUAUCUCACUCCUCUGUGUCAGCCUGGGAGUGCCUGUCGAUUUUCCAAGAUUUAUCUGUUGCUUUUGGAGGGUGGGAUGGGGAUAGUGGUGCUGAUGAUUGUAAAUCUCUUCUCUUCCUUAUUGCACCUUAACUCUGACUUUUCCCAAAGGCUGGCGGGGAAGCCUCUUUUUACUACCUCUUCCUGCCACACUGAGAUCCUCACUCAACCUUCUUUUUUGGGGGGUGGGGGAAGAUGCUGCUGGCCAUGUACAGAAAGCAAUUAACUCUAUUAAAAUAUUUCAAAAAGAGGAAAAUCUCUCCCUUAGAUACUCUUGUUUUCCAGGCUUCUGGAGGAUCUUAAUUCUCUGAAGGAGAUGAGGGAAAGGUCCUCUAGCGUUUUUUUUGUUUUUGUUUUUGUUUUUGAAGAAAGGGAGGCAUUGGGGAGAGGGAGUGAAGGACUGGGGGGGUUCAUGGUGUCCAGGUCGGGGGUCCUCUAGAGUUUUUGAAUCAAUUAAAGCAAAUAAUGCUCUCUGUUUUCCACCAGGCCCAGACCAGCGAUUGGCCGAGUCUGGUCCCGUGACCACGAAUUCCCUGCAAUUUCGCCAGAGUCCUGGGUUUAAUAGAGAGAGUCCCCAUACGCUUGUAUUUAUCAGCAAUAUACAAUUAUAAAGGCCCCAAAUUUAAAAAAAGAGAGAGAGACAGCAAAAUCCCUCCCUCCCAAAAUCGCUCCAUCACAUAAACCUGGGGGGGGGCAGGAGGGGGGGUCCCUUCCGAUCCUCCCUCCUGACGCCCCCCCCAGCAGGCCCCCUCCCCCACCAUUGAAAGCCAUGAAUUUUGAAUUUGAGAGGGAGAUUGGGUUUAUAAACAGCCAGCCAUCGCUCGCCGAGUGUCUGACUUCCUUCCCCGCUGUCUUGGAGACAUUUCAAACUUCAUCAAUCAAGGAGUCGACAUUAAUUCCUCCUCCUCCUCCUUUCGAGCUAACCUUCCCCAGCCUCCAGCUCGGCGCCUCCACCCUUCAGAGACCCGGGAGCCAAAAGCGAGCCGAAGAUGGGCCCGCUCCGCCGCCGCCGCCGCAGCCGCCGCUCCCCGCCGCCCCCCUGGCCCCCGAGUUCCCCUGGAUGAAAGAGAAGAAAUCUGCCAAGAAACCCAGCCCAUCGGCCACGUCCCCUCCGGCCGCCUCCUCGGUCCCAGCCUCCGGGGUCGGCUCGCCCACAGCAGAUGGCCCGGGGCUGGCGGAGGCGGCCGGCGGCGGGGCGCGCAGGCUGCGCACGGCUUACACCAACACGCAGCUGCUGGAGCUGGAGAAGGAAUUCCACUUCAACAAGUACCUGUGCCGGCCGCGCCGCGUCGAGAUCGCGGCCUUACUGGACCUCACCGAGAGGCAGGUCAAAGUCUGGUUCCAGAACCGGCGCAUGAAGCACAAGCGGCAGACGCAGCACCGAGAGCCGCCCGACGGGGAGCCAGCCUGCCCGGGCUCCCUAGAGGACCCCGGCGAGCCCGCCCCGGAACCUGCGGCCAGCCCUGGCCGCCUCUCCGCCCCGCGGGCGGCGCGGGAAGCCUGCUCUCACCCGUCCGAGGUCGCGCCAGGCCCUCUGGGCGCCCCGUGCGCCCCGCCGUUGGCCUCUCGCCCGGACGGCGCGGGGACGCCGAGCCCCGGCGGCGCCCUGCGCGGGGCCCGCGGGCUGGAACCCGAGCUGUUGCCCGAGGACGCCUUCCCUGAGCGGCAGGAUUCGCCUUUCCUGCCCGACCUCAACUUCUUCGCGGCCGACUCCUGCCUCCAGCUGUCCGGAGGCCUCUCCCCGAGCCUGCAGGGCUCGCUCGACAGCCCUGUGCCCUUCUCGGAGGAGGACCUGGACUUCUUCACCAGCAGCCUCUGCGCCAUCGACCUGCAGUUCCCCUAACCGUCUCCUCCCGGCCGCUCGCCCCCCACCCCCAGGGCCUCCCAGGACCCCCCAGCCCCCAAGUGUGGUUUAGACUUCUUUAUGUAUUUGGCUAAAAUUCAGGUAUUAUUGAAUUAGCGUUUAAUCCGCGUCCUUUCUUCUCUCUCUAAAAUAUUGGAUACUCCGGCGUCUUUUGGAAACCACAGAAAAAUUCCGUUCGGUGGACCCCUCCCAACGAAAUCUCAGGAAUCAUUACACUGUAAGGGGCGGGGCGGGGCUUUUCUUUAAAAAGAGCUAGAGGAGCCUAUUUUCCACUUUUUUUUUAAGUUUUAGGACGUAGAUUAUUUAUUAAAACUCUUUAAUAAUAGGAAAAGGGGAAAGUAUUUAUUGUACAUUAUUUUCAUAGAUUAAAUAAA